CGUCCUGGCGAGGGCUGGCGCAACUCGAGCGGGCGAUUAUUUUCAGCUAUCACCGCGCACGCGUGCACCGUGGCGACAUUUUAUUCGUCACUUCCGGCAAUGCCAGCGGGUGCCGCAGUGGUAUCAACGCCCGCGAAUCUCCGAAGGCGAGACUCUUGCGGACAGCGAGCGCCUCGCGUGAAGCUCCAUCCACUGCGUGUCGUGCACUGCGAGCGCUUGCGUUGCUCCCUGCACGUGCUGCUGCGACUGCUGGUAUCCCAUGACAACAGAGACUCAGUGAAACAUGCUCUGUUUGAACUUCUUCACUUUCGCAUGCAAGUCUUUGAAUGAUGAACAAGCAAUGUUAUCAACACGUCAGUGACAUCAAUUAAAAGGUUUACCAACUCGACGGAAGGAAGUAAAAGGAGGUGGAUAUCUAAUAACUUCGACAAGAAAUGUUACCUUGGUAACAACGACGCUAUUUUCUGCCAGGUGCAAGAUGAAGCAGUCUUCAUUAAAGAUUCACCACUGACACCACGAUGGCUUCUACAAUGUCAAAGAGGAGGGAAAAGGAGUUGGUGGCGAUGGCGUUUAACCAGAAGGAGCAAAGGGUUCUAGAAAAGUCUCUGGCAACGCUACGCCUGGAGAUGAACUAUUCCAUCAAGCUCCUGGACCUCCACAACAGGUCGGUCAAAGUUCAUUUCCGGCAGAUGAAGGACAAAGUCUCUCGCAUCAAAUCUUUCCUGACUCCGGAGGAAAUCACCAAAAUGCGGGAGCUGGAAGCAGAAGGCAAACUUGAGCCGAUGUACCCGCCAGUGUCCCUGGGUAGCGCACUCAAAAUCGCCGCCGCCGCCAGACGUCUGGGUAGUGCUUCUGCCCCCAGGGUAAGAGCUAAAAGUGCAUUCUCUCGGGUGCAGCAACCCACCCAGAGUGAUGUCACCCUGCCUGAGGGGAAGCUGAAGCGCAGUAACUCGAUUACGGGGGUCUUCAUCGACGUGCCUCCACCCACACCAAACACCCGGCCGGGUUCGGCUCAGGGUGCACUCGGUGGUUCCAAGCCUACCUCGAGUGCAAGUGUUGCAAUCGCAGAACGGACGUCUGUAUUCGACGAACGGAAACAUGCAGGUGAACGGUUUUGCUCGAAGGACCCUCAGUGCCAGUAUGAAAGACUCCAACUCCAAGCUUCCCCCAACAGUUCGGAGGGGCAGCGUGGACCCUUCAAUGGCGUGUCUGUGAACUCUCCACUGCUUAAACGCCCUACUACCUCCUCCACUCCUGGCCACCCAUCGGAAGAUAAGCCCAACUCCAGAAGCUCGGGUUAUUUCUCUCACUUCCGGCCGUCCACAGGCAUGCGCUCUGCCUCCGCCUUCUCCUCGCAUCACGUGACGUCAACAAAAGAUGCGCCGGAAGUAGAGGAAGCUUGGAACACGCGCGCUCUGACUCCGAAGUCCAACGUCGGCUCUGAGCGGUGUGUGUCGUCGUCGCUGCUGUCGUCUAACCUGUGUUUGACCGGCGGCGUCACAGACGACAGCAGCGACAGCGGGAUGGGAGAAGACCCAUACGCCUCAAGACGAGCGGAGCUGCUGGAGGAGGAGCACUUCCGUGCAAGGGAGAUCAAUCGACGGAAGAACGCUUUUCUGCGAGACGUUGACCGAUACCUGCGCGAGCACCCUACUGCCAGUUCCUCCCCCCGCCGUCUCACACUCCCCUCAGCCCUCCACGACGGAGAGGACGCGUUCGACGAGAACGAAGAGACUAACUUGAACUCAGUUUAUCGCCGACGGCGGCAGGUCAGGGUCGAGUUCGAUGCGACCCCCACGUACUUGCCGGAGGACAACUAUAGGGAGAGACUGAUGGGGCUGUGGAAGGACAUGAACAAGUGCAGGUACUUACGGGUACCGGAUGAGUUGAUAGACUUGUCAGGCAUCAACACCCUGGCGUCAGAGAACAUGAAGCUUUUUCAAGUUCUCAGGCUGCGGCAGCCGGAACCUUUGUCUGAAGCUUGGAAAGAAUGAAUCUGUCAUUCAUUACGUCUUUACAAAGAAAUGUCAAGUUUGUAUAUUUGUUUUUAGUUUUGGUUAUUUUAUUUAUUUUAAGUUUUGCAAAGCGGAAAUGUGACAUGUCGAGUCAGUGUACCUCACCACAGCAGCAAGUGAGACAGACCAACAUGCUGUGAUCAAGUCCUUCACCUUUGACUUCUAUGAUAGAUAUAUCACGUGACUGAUUGCUGUGACUAAACUGUUGAUCCUUGCAACAGCAUGUACAAUGUAAUAUACCACUCUGUUUUUCCCGAAUAAUUGAUAUUUUUCAGGAGAUAGUCUCACACCAUUGGUAGGAUAAAGUCGGCAAAUUGAUGUUCAAAUUUAUAGGCUGGUCUUAACAGAAGGAAUGGAUGAAUAUUUAACAAAGACACCCAAAAAAGACAGCAACACGAAAAAAAUUUGUGAAUCUUGGCCAAACGUUCUUCCGCAAUAUUUCUCUAGUCCUGGUCUUUACCAACCAAACAAGAUGCUUAAAAAUGUAAAGAUUUUAUUUCUUUUUUCUGCUCUCUUCCUCCUUUUCUCUCUCUCUUGCUGUCUUACUAACAUCUUGUGUAUGUCUGUAUGCAUCCAUGUCUAGACGCUGCAUGUUAAUGUACUUACAAAAGAUUUUUCUUGAGAAAUAAUGAACUUUUUAAAAUGUUAUUUUAUUUUUGACUGCAAUGAUAAAGCAGUUACAUUACAAAGAUUGAAAGGACACAUUACAGCGUUUCUGUACGGUUUAGCCUACUUCACUUGUUAUUUUUGUCAUCAGAUUCACAGUGUAUGACAAUUAUAAACACUGUUAACAUAUUAAAACAAUAAAAAAAUAGCAUACAUAUAGAAAACAUGAAAGAGUUGGUACACUGAUAUGCUCACAAUACAUAAUUAUUAUAUACGCAAGACUCACAAGAUUUGUAUAUCUGUAAAAUAAAAAAUGAUAAAUUGA